AUGGACAGUACCGAUCCAAACAGCCCGGAGUACGUCUCGCAGGAGAGAUGCUACGAGCUCAUGGGCGAGCGUAUGGUGCAACACAUGCUCCAGGGCUUCAACACCUGCUUGUUCUGCUAUGGGCAGACGGGCACGGGGAAGACGACCACGAUCAUGGGCAAUGACAAGCCCCGCUCAGAGCGUGGCUUGCUGAUGCGUUUGGUGGACGACGUUUUUGCCGAGGCAGAGAAGCGGCGUGAGGAAGGCUGCCAAGUGCACGUUGUCUUGCAAAUGCUGGAAGUCUACAACGAGAAGUUGAAUGACCUCCUGGUAGAGCCUGACUCCGGGCCCACGAAUGCCUCACCGGGCAUGGUCAAGAACAAGAUCAAGAUCCAUGUACAUCCGGAGCUGGGCGUGUACCUCACCAAUGCCACCGAGGCCCAGGUGUCCACCGCCGAGGAGUGCAUCAAGACGAUUGGUUUUGGCAACACCAUGAAGGUAGUGCACGCCACCGCGAUGAACGCGCAGAGUUCUCGCGGCCACACCAUUUGCAAGCUGAAAAUGUUCACUCAGGGCGGGAAGGACAAUCAGAUCUCCAACGCAGAGGUCUACUUCGCGGAUUUGGCCGGGCGCGAGAACGAGAAGGACACCCAGGUGACUGGGGAACGUUUCGUUGAGCUGGGCUUCAUCAACAAGAGCCUGCAUCACUUGGCCAACUGCAUCCGUGAUCUGGGUCAAGCGCCCAAGCGCCGCAGGAGUCUCACCGAGCCGUCGAGCACCAAGAAGGCUCCGCCGGUCCAGCCCAAUGACAUGUCCAAGUUCCGGAACUCGAAGCUGACCUUGCUGUUGUCCAAUGCCUUGUCGGGGAAUUCCCGGACCUCCAUGAUUGGCACUUUGAGCCCUGCACCUUCGAACUUCGAAGAGAGCCACAAUACACUGAAGUUCGCCAGCACGGUGAAAACCAUCAAAGUCCAGGCCAAGGCGACCAAAGCCGUGGACAAGGACGCCCUGGUGAAGGAGCUGAAGAGUGAAAUCCAAGAGCUCCGGAAGCAGCUGGAACAGGCAAAGGAGAAGCACGAUGAUGAGGCAGCGCAACAGAUUCAAGAGAAUCUGGAAGCCAGCAAAGCCAUUUUUGCCGUGGAAACGCGUGAUUGGGUUCACUUCCAGGAGGAGACGGAGCAGCGGCGGAAGCGCUCGAAGAGGUCCAGUUUCCUCUUGUCGUCCCACGACAUGAACGAGAUGCCGUUGCCCUUUUUGGCCAACUACUCCGAGGAUCCUCAUUUGGCCUUCAAAUUGGUGAUGCAUGUGCCCAACGAUGGUGUGGAGCGGUCGCUGGGAACAGACAGCGACUGCGCCUUCCGUUUGCCUCCGGGGCUGGGCGUGUCGGCCACCACGGGCUACAUCCGCCACGACGAAGGCCGGGUGCUGCUGCGCCCCGCGCCGCCGCCCAAUGGCCACGGCCGAGCGGGCGCCAUCGAGGUGAAUGGAAGCAAGUUGAUCAACGAACAAGAGUUGAAACACUUGGACUGCAUCCUCUUUGGCCGCUCGACCGUCACCACCUUCUACUUGUUCUUGCAACGUGCAUCUCCGGAGGAGCUGCAAGAGAAGCUGAGAACUUCCAGAGCAGAGAUGGAGGAUGGUCGAAUUACUCAACAACUGGUGGACAGUAUUCUUGGCGAGGCACGGAGCAAAGAUCCCGUGGAGGCCAAGCUCGCAGGAGAUUAUUGCAAUCAGCUCCAGAGUCAAAACCGAGACCGUGAGGGGGAGCUGAUGUUGAAGGCAUUCAUGAUUGGCGCGCGGCGUGCACAAGCCAAAGUGGAUGAAGCCAAUGAGCUCACACGCUUGGUGCGCCCCGCGUCAGGACUGCAGUUCGAACUGGCCGCGCAGGCACCCGUCCUGUCGUACGGCUUCAACGACUGCGCAAACCUUCCGCAGCUUUGUGUGCGCCUGGUCAAGCGGACCUCGCCGCUGGAGCGCUUCCGCGCAGCGGCGCGGAAGGUCAUGGCGCUCUACGGGAAGAACCGCAUCCAGGCGGCGGUGCUCUCGGUGCUGCCGGGCGCGAACAACCGCGGCAGCGGACACAGUGGGGAGGGCCUGGCGCAGCUGGGGCAGGGCCUGAGGAUGCUUCUAAUGUGGAGCCUUGAUUAA